AUGGGUUCGCCGGGGACGGACCGUGGUGAUACCCUUUACGUCCGCCGGGAGUUGCCUUCCAUCUCCGUCUCCCCGCCCACCAAACUCGAGUGUUACGUGAGACAGCGAGUGAUGGAAGUGGAGGCUGCGGCGGGCAGCGAGAAAUCCCCUCCUCCGGCCCCACCGUUCCGGCCGUCGAACGAAGACAUGGCAUUCGCAGAGCCUCAGCACCACGUUCGUCAUCACCGUCAUCACCAUCAUUACCGGAGGAAGAAGAGGAAAGGGGAAGAGGAGGAAGACGAGGGGAGGAAGCGGAAACACGAGCGGAGUUCCGCAGGUAUAACGCUGUCCACAAUGAAGCCCAAGCUCCUUCGAACUGUCGCAGAUUUGUGGCCUACGUACUGGGAGACGUACGAGGGUCACCCGGAGCAGGAUAGCCUGGACGGGAAUGUGCCAAGCGGAUCUAAUACAGCUCAAGGAGGUUUCUCAACAGACCCAGGAGGGAAUCACAAUAAUACGAGCAGCAGCCUGCAGAAGAAAAAGGACCUUGGGACAUUUUCCAGUGCUUUGGUCCCUUCUUCCGGACUUAAACGAAGCAAGCACAAGAAGAAGCACAAGAAGACGAUUCUGAGUACUUCGGAUUCUUUGGCCGAACCGAUCGAAAUGCAUUCCGGUGGCAUCAGGGACAAACGACAGCCCAGGCCAUGGAUCUGGGUGUCACUGAGUGCGAUGUACGGGAAAUUAAUCGUCCUCUGUGCCCUGGCCUUCUGCCUCACCGAAGUUAUGGACAAUUCCGUCAAGCCUCUACAAUAUCAGGGAAUCUUCGUGAUGUACCUGUACGUGGGGAGCAUCAUAUCGAUCAUGUGCAUAUACAUCACUGUACUGGUGGACAACUGCCCGAGCCUCACGAAAGGGAGCAGGGAAGAGCUGGCCGCCGCAGAAGAGGGUGAAGUAGAGAGCACCCGUGGUGGAACUGGAGGGGAUUCUGGCGGAGGUACCCUCAGGAACUGGAGUGGCACCCUAAGACGAGCUCAUAUAUCGCGCUCUCGAAUCUCCCGCACCAGCUUUUAUCUCCGCGUUGGAGCCAUCGUGUUUGGUCUGGGGACGCUGGUGUUCACGGGUCUGGAGAUCGCGAUGCACACGACGACAGAGGAAAGAUGCGUGAGCGACAUCAUCUUCGCACAUCCCAUCCUCCAAGCCCUCUUCACCUUCCUCCAAAUGCACUUUCUCUUCGUCAACUCCGAGGUGAUCGUGGAGAGGUUUGGGGUGGCGGCCCGAUUCGGGCUGAUUCACUUGGUAGCCACGAAUGUGGCCCUUUGGAUCCAGAUGGUUGUCUGGGAAAGUGCCAACGAUUGGCUUCGAUGGACCUAUGACACAAUCCAGGUCAAAGGUCACAGUGUCGUGGAGCGAGACCUCCCAGCUUCCACAUCCCAACACCUUCUCGCUCUCCCUAAGGACCAGCUACCCGACUCGGCCGUAAGGGAUUGCGAGUGCAACGGGACGAUGUAUGGAAGCAUCUCACACGCCCAGAAGAUGAUCGACCUCUACGAAUGCCUAAAUCGGAAUAAACUGGGUCAAAUAUGGUCCAGUUCGACACCUUAUCUUUUCCCUUUCAUCGUUGAGUACAGACUGAAAGUCGCAAUUCAUUUCAGCUUGAUCGCCGCCGCCGUCACGUACAUCAUGUGGAAAAACGUAGGGAAAGCCAAGGAAGGUCGAGAGACGGGAUUGAGCAAGGCGAAACUGAGUGGGCUGGCCUCUGACCUCGCCGGGGACGGCACUCUCGACCCCCGAAAGCGGAGCCAAGGUCAUUGGAAGGUGGACUGUCAGAGCUCGUCCAAAGGAUUGUUUUUGGGUCUCCUUUGCCUCGUGGGCGGCGUCGUCGUACUCAUCAUCUUCUACAUCAUGAAGGGACACUUCGAGGCCAAGGAACAGCUCUUUUACAUGUACACCAUCACGGAGAUUUCUCUCUUGGGUCUCUGCAUUCUCGUCUCCAUCGUCGGCUUUAUCCAAAUCCCCAAGCUCUCCCUGUCGGGGAAGAAACCCUUGGAUUUGGAUCGUCUCUUGUCGUCCACGACGAUCGUGGGCGUCUAUGUAUUCGCCAUUUUCGGGAUCCUGGUCGGCGUCAGCGGAAAGAUAGAGGAAAAUCCUCAUAUCCUCCUCAUCUCCCUUCAGGGUCUUCAGAUCAUUCAGGUCUCCAUGCAGGCCCUGUUGACCAAUGAGGCUUCACGGCGAACCUGCCUCACCCGACAAGAAAUGAGGACCAAACCCGGACGACAGGUGGUGACGUUCCUGCUGUUCGGAAACGCGACCCUGUGGUUGUUGGACACGUUCCUCACACACGACGUGGUCGCCCAGGAGCUGCAGAUCGCUUUCUAUGGCAACCUGACUUGGGGAAUCAUUUGUCGCAUCUCUUUGCCGCUGCUCAUCUUCUAUCGAUUCUACUCCUCCGUCGCCCUCAUUGAAAUCUGGAAAAACACGUACAAGACGAAAACAGAUUGA